UGUAUUCAGACACAGGGUUGAUCCGACUUCCGACUGAGGAUAUUUUAACCACCACUCCGACACAAGAGAGUCCACAAGCCCUGCCUGACUGCCUGCAACCAUGUGUAAAGGACUAGCAUCCCUGCCUACGUGCUGCUUGGAAAGGGCCAAAGAGCUGAAAGCAAGGCUAGGAAGCAUAUUGCAAAAACCGGACGGGAGUCUGUUCUGCUGCAAAGUAGGGAAAAACAGGGCAACCCUGGAGGAAUGUUUGAGGUGGAAAGAGUCAUUUGAGCAACUCCUCACCAGCAAAUACGGACUGUGCGCCUUCACCGCCUUCCUGUUAUCGGAAUUCAGCGAAGAGAACGUUGCCUUCUACUUUGCAUGUGAAGACUACAGAAGUACCAAGUCUCUCGCCAAGCUACCUGCAAAAGCCCAGAAAAUCUAUAAUGAAUUCAUAGGCAGCGAAGCUCCGCGAGAGAUUAACAUUGACCAUGAAACUCGUGACGCCACCAAGGCGAACAUGCAGUGCCCGUCGCUCUCCUGCUUCGACCAGGCCCAGCACAAGAUCUACAUGCUCAUGGCUAAAGACUGCUACCCACGCUUCUUGCGCUCACCCGCCUACGGUGAUCUCGUCAGCCAGGCCACAAAACAGCAUCGGUCGGGGAAGAAGGUUUGAGCUCGCUUUGCGGACCUCAUCAAGGAUCGGGACCCGGAGGGUCUGUCACGAGUGCAAAGCGUCCUCUGUUGACUCCUCUACUUUUAAAAGCUGAAAGGAAAAGAAAGAAAAAAAACUGAAGGGUGAUUGUUUGCUCAACUGGAAUGUCAGUGAGAAAGUUAUGCUGUGUCUCAAAAGAGGGUCUGUCUGUAAAUGUACGAGAAAGUGAAAAAGCUAAGACAGGGGUCCCUAUACUACGAUCCGCGGGUCGGAUCUGGCUCGCCAGCGUUCACGAUCUGGCUCGUCCAAAAGAAAAUCUAAAAAGUAAAUUAUAUAUAUAUAUAUAUAUAUAUAUAUAUAUAU